AUGGGUCGUAGCGUGGCCGGUGUCGUUGGCUCUUACCUGCCUCAGACAGUGACGGAAAUGUGGGAGCCCCUUCGCGACUUUGCCUACAUUAAGAUCCCGAAGUCUUCGAAUUCGCCGACAGCAUCGACUCGAGGCGGCGGGCUCUCAGGCGGGUCACAGCUUCCCAACGGCCCGCUGAGGAGCGUUGUAGCCAUGAGCAGUAGUAGCCCGCAAGUGAUGGUUGUGACCAGCGACGGAGGCUUUUACGUUUACAAUAUCGAUAUGGAGCACGGCGGUGAGGGCUACCUGGUCAAGCAGUUCUCGGUUCUUGACGGCGACGACAAAUUGGACUCGUCGGCCUACGGCACGUAG